UCAGUGGUCACGCCCAUGGUUCAUUCCCGUAAAACGUCUUGGCUCCGCCCAUCUUCGAUCGACUCUGUGCUAGCAGCAGGAUCGAUUACUCCGGCCUGAGUGCGGUGGAGAAUGGACGGAGUGAGCGCACGCAAUGUCGCGAUUUAAACCCGCUUUCAUAAAUCUGUGAAGAAAUGCUUUAAGGAGGAAUGUUGUGUAGGGGUUGUUUUUUUUUCCUGCGGUGCUUUGAACUCGUCUUUGGGACUGAAUGCGCGCGGAUUUAGGAGUUAGACAUAGUGGAUCCUUUUGAUCAGAUGAGCAGCAGGACUGUGAAUAAAAGGCGGCCUUUCUGCAGAAGCCCUGUGCUCCAGCAUGUAGACGCCUCUUCCUGUAGUCUUCGCCAAUGAAAAUGGAGGAGACGGCCCUGUCCGGCACGGACAACAGCAAAAUGGAGGGCAUUGCUCAGGAGAUCCUCUCCGAUCUGGUGGAGGACGCAUGUCUGGGGCUUUGCUUCGAAGUUCACCGGGCCGUCAAGCAAGGCUACUUCUUCCUGGACGACACGGACCAGGAGAGCAUGAAGGACUUCGAAAUCGUGGACCAGCCCGGAGUGGACAUCUUCGGCCAGGUUUAUAACCAGUGGAAGAAUAAGGAGUGUGUGUGUCCCAACUGCAGCCGGAGCAUCGCCGCCUCGCGCUUCGCCCCUCACCUAGAGAAGUGCCUGGGCAUGGGUCGCAACAGCAGCCGCAUCGCCAACCGCAGGAUAGCCAGCGGCAACAACACGAACAAAUCCGAGAGCGAUCAGGAGGACAACGACGACGUUAACGACAACGACUGGUCCUACGGGGCAGAAAAGAAAGCCAAGAAGAGAAAGGCAGAUAAGGUAUUUUUACAUUCUUUGAAACGUCCUGUUUUCUAUCGAAUCCAAAUUCACCAAGACGAUCCAAAUCGCUAAAACACAAAAACACCAAAGAUCUGUCUUCGUCCUUCAGCUUCGCUGGAUCCUAAGCAGCGCCCAGAGUGAAGUUGUCGUUGCCGGGAGAUGGGUUUCCACAGCAGCGUUGCCGAGAGCUACCCACGAUGCCAUUAGGGUUCGACAUAAGGAUGGAACGAGGAACUAACCCAGCAUCGAUUCUUCAUUCGGUUUACACAACUGUCCUGUCGUGUUUUCGGGGGUUUUAGUUUCCUUUACUUUUCUGGAAUAUUUGCACAGUAAAUCCAUGUCCUCGUGUCGAUCGUGUAGCUGCGACCCCUCGGCACGAAGGUAAACGUGACGAAACGAUCAGCGGAGGAAGUAAGGACACGGGCAGGCAGAAGUAGGCGCAUGAAGAGUUGCUGGCGUGCUUUCGGACGGUCCUGCUCCUGCUGCAAUGAUUCUCAAUGAGGAGAAGAAGAGUGAUCAAAAUCAGUCUUAAUGCUGCUUAUUUCACCUUUUUUUUUCCUGAGUUUUAAUCAUAUUUUUUGUGCAGAACCAAGAUUCAGAACUAUACAUUGUGCUUGGACUAUGAGUAAUUAUGAUCAUGUUAUUAUACCAGGAACAACUGGAUUAUUAUGAACUAUAUCUGGCGACUUGAAAAACAUACAUAUUCAUCUUUGGAGAAUGAACGAAUUCUCACUUUUCUCCGAUUUUUUUUUUUUUUUUCGUUUCUUCUCCCCCUCAUCUGUAUACUUGAUGUUUACAGUGUAAAGGAAUUAUGUGUCUUGGCUGUGUUGUAACUGUAAAUAUAUUUGAUUCAUCGGGGAAAAUGCUGCUACACUGGCCAUGAGCCACAUGCUUACAGGCAUGUCACACACAUAAUAAACAUGACUCGAUACGCCGUGUGUUUGCAUCUCUUAUGGACGGACUCGGGUACGAACGUGAGCCGAAACAUCUUCCGGGAAGUGUAGGAAAAAAAAAAAACUUGGAAUAAGUUAAGUAAAAAAAACUAAUCACAGUUCUAAAUCAAUGUGCCGGAUCCGGUAUAACCAUGAUAACUGCCACUGGCUAAAUAAGGGUAUUAAUAGUGGUAUUAAAUAAUAAAAAUGCUACAUUUAACUUUCGUUAGCUGUCUGUUUACCCUGAGCUAAUAAAUGUAGAUAUACUUUUGAAUUUUAAGGGGUAUAAAAAAAAAA